CGGCCAUCUUUCUCCAACACUAACAACUGCUACUCCAGCGAAGAAAGAAAAUAAAUGUCCAGUCGGAAGUUUCAUUUUGUUCUAGAUGUGGCCUUUAAGUGAACUCAACUGCUUUGAAAGCCAAAAAGUGAGAGACGCCAUGACCUAGUGAUCUUUGUGUCGGUGUGCUCCUGUUAGUGUCCUUCCCAGUCCUCUUCUCUUCUAACAGCCUCUGCCCCUGCCGACACUGGCAUGAGGAGACCAGAAGAAGUCAACAAACUGAAAAAUAAAACCAGCGUUGUUUUUAGUCUGCAGUCCGAGGUUCCCACCAGUUCCACCCGCUAGCCGUGGUAGUUUCCAGGGAGAGACCUUCGCCUCUCCCCACGCCUGAGGAGAUAUGGAGCCCCAAGAGAGUCUGGGAAUGGAGGGGGAUUUUGUUAUGCUGGGGGUCUUCGUCCCAAGCCCACGGAGUGAAGCGGUGACCCAUGACUUGGAGGAACUGUCUCUGCUGCCGGCUCAGAGCCUUCCACCCAUUAAAGAGCGCAAGAACGUGCUUCAGCUCAGACUACAGCAGAGGCGCACACGCAAGCAGCUCGCAGACCAGGGCAUCAUGCCACCAUUGAAAACUCCUGCAGCUUUUCAUGAGCAGGUCAAAAGCCUAGAGAGGGCAAGGACUGAGAUUUUCUUGAAGCAUAAAAUUCGGAGCAGACCUGAACGUGCUGAACUCGUCCGAAUGCACAUCCUGCAAGAAACCCUGGCGGAGCCUUCUUUGCAAGCCACUCAGAUGAAACUGAAGAGGGCCCGUCUAGCUGAUGAUCUCAAUGAGAAGAUUGCACAGAGGCCUGGACCACUGGAACUGGUGGAGAAGAACAUACUUCCUGUUGAUUCAAGUGUCAAAGAAGCCAUCAUUGUUGGAGAAGUGAACUACCCGAGGACACUGGACAUUUAUAACUUUGAAGAGGACAGUAGCGAUGCUCUGUCUCCAGAGCAACCAGCUAGUCAGGAGUCUCAGGGCUCUGUAUCGUCCCCUAUAGAGGCCAGACUGCCUGAUGCUUCCUCUGUAUCGCCUCCGACUGGCUCCAACCUGCAGUUUUGUCCACCUACAACCCAGUGCACAGACUUCCUGAGUAGAACAUCAGUAGGAGAUCAUGCAAACAGUCGUGUAAUGACUGCCAUUCAGCCAGUCACUACUGCUACUCCCACUAAAUCCGGACCCACUCUUGUGAAGCAGAGCCAGCCCAAACAGCCCAGUGACAAGAGCCGCAGUAAGAAGAGUAAAGAACCCAAACCACGGGUCAAGAAGCUCAAGUAUCACCAGUACAUCCCGCCCGACCAGAAGCAUGAACCCAAUGAAACCCCAAUGGACUCUUCAUAUGCCCGGCUGCUUCAACAACAGCAGCAGUUUCUGCAGCUCCAGAUCCUCAGCCAACAGCAACAGCACUAUAAUUACCAGGCAAUACUACCCACGCCCCUCAAGUCUGAGAGUCAGAACAGCUGCCCAAACAUCACCCUGAGCAACAGCCCGACUUCAGUUGUGGUGUCUCUACCCAGCGCAGCAACUUCACGUCCCAACAACACCUUGACCAGUCGUAAACUGGGGCCUCUGCCCGCCAACCUGGAUGAAAUGAAGGUGGCAGAACUCAAGAUGGAGUUGAAGCUGCGUGGACUUCCUGUGUCAGGCACAAAAACGGACCUCAUAGAAAGACUUAAAGCCAACCAGGAGAGUCUACAACCUGCUUCAGUCAUGGACACCAACAUCUCCAAACCUUCUCUACAAACUGACAGCAUGAGCACAACACCUCCCUUGUCACCAGAGUGGUUGGAGGUCUCUAGUGUCAGUAUGGAGGAAAGCAGGAACAGUCCCACCAAAUCUCCAGCCCGCCCACCCACCGUCACAUCACCCAUCAGACCCACACCUGAAAACAUGGCAAUGGAGACCAAGGUGUCUGAGAAAGACCAACGCCUCUAUGAGAAGGAGCGUCAGAUUGAGGAGUUGAUGCGUAAGCUGGAACAGGAGCAGCGACUGGUGGAGGAGCUGAAGAUGCAGUUGGAGGUGGAAAAGAGGAGCCAGCAGGGUGGAGGACAGCAGCCAGAACCCUUAUCACUGAUCCAGAUCAAAGAGGAGAACAGUGCCGCCCCCAGCUGCAGCUCUGAGAACAGUCCCCUGCCGCAAACUACAGGUGUGAAACGGGAAGAGCCACAUGCCCAGAUGCACCACACCCAAGUCCAGCAAUUCUAUAUAAACACCCAGCAAGUCCCCCAGACACAGGCCUUGAUCAACACUCAACCUGCCUCACAGAUGCUGCUGCCCAUCUCACUGCCUGCCAACAUCGGACUGCCCAGCAACCCCAUUACCACACAGGCGCAUAACAUUCUCCAAGGAACAGUGCCCAGGCUGGCUCAAAACCUCACACAAACGCCACUGCUGCAAACACAGACGUCCGAAAAUACAAUGUUACAACAACACUCAAACCAGACGCAAUCUGCAAAUCAAACGUUGCCCUUGUGUGGAAGUUCUUCUUCUGGGUUUGAGUACAGGCAGAACCAGAACCACCCUAUGGCCGAGAUGCCCCAGUGCUUCCUCAAUAACUCGCCCAGAGUCUCACCCCGACACACCCCAAAUGGACCCAUUAACAAACCUCCCUCGCCCUGUCAGCACAACUAUAUCCCCCAGCCAUCCACGUUCCCCAAUCACCACAGCCCAAAGGGUAAAGACCCACCCCGCUAUGAGGAAGCCGUUAAACAGACCCGUAGCCUGCAAGCCACAAUGAAGGUACCCACUGCUACCAGUCAGCACAUGGACGAUUUGUUUGACAUUUUAAUCGAGAGUGGAGAAAUUUCCCCACUGACCAGACACGAUCCCUUACUGGAGAAACUUCUCCCAAUGACUGCUAACAUCACCACCCUGCCCAUCAAUACGGUGCUGUCACGCCCUCCCCCACAGAUACACAUGGCCCACACACCCAACCUACUCCAAGCACCUCCACCCAGCCUGGUGGCCUUGGCCACAGAUAACCAGUUGGAGGCCCUGCUGGAAGAUACAGAGCCACGAACCCAACGACUGAUGGAAGAGCUGAAGAACCAGCUGCUGGAGCCACACUCCCCAAUGGACAUUUCAGACCUGACCUUCGCUGACAGGCCAUCCUCCACCCUCAAUCUGCAGGAAGCCACCAUGGACAACAUGGAGUGGUUAGACCUGACAAUGCCUGGAGCUGCUGGUAUCUCCUCUCAGGCUGCAGUCUUCUCCUCUGAUUUCUUGGACUCACCUGAUUUACAGUUACACUGGGAGUGAGGACACAAAGUGAAGGAGAUUAUGGAACAUCAAAAUUCUGACAUUCUGAAAAGAUCUGUUAUCUUUAAGGGACCACUAGCACACAGGCUAAGUGGGCCUGCAGUAAUGAAUGACACUUAGUGCUAAGAUUCUGAGAACUGGCUCUGAUGAUUCGUUGAGCUCCCUGCAACACCCUGGGAACAUUAGUUUCUGGUUAUAAAAACAUUUUAAGAAUUGGUUCACAAAAAAAUAACCAAACGGGAACCAUACGCUAAUGUUAUGGGAACAUUUCGUGUUUCCUGGGUUAGAAUGUUUGAGCUUAGGGGGAACAUUGAAUCUGGAGUGGUCCACUGUGCACAAACCACAAUCAAAACAGUCGGCAACCACUGAUAGUUUAGCAUCAGCUUUUCUCAUUUGUGCCUAUAAACGCAGGCCUGUACGCGGCAGUAUAUUGUAACCAACAUCUCUUUCCAGACAGACAAAGAAUGUAGAGACACUUUUUGCCUAUAUAUGUAGGCAGUUUUGACCUUCUUUUUCAUAUUAUGAAGCAGUCUUUGAAACAUGAGAUAUAUUAUAUAGAAAUGUUAGAAUGUUGUUUUCUAGUAUUCUGACCAGUAUAAUUUCUUCGAACUGAGUUUUGGGGAAAGGAAAAUGUAUACACAGAUUUAACAUGCCUUUGCUGUUUUCAUUGCCCAGAAACGCUCUAGGUUUAGAAUUUUUUAAAGGAAUAGUUGAAGAUUCUGUCAUUAUUUACAUCUCCUCAUGCCGUUCCAGACCUGUAAGGCUUUCUUUCUUUUGCGGAACACAAAAGGAGAUGGUUUAAAGAAGCGGGCUGGGUAUCGCCUGCCACUUCACGAUACGGUGCGUAAUGAAAUGCAUGGCACGAUUCGAUAUGUUGCGAUACAUCACAAUAUCAUAAUUUUAUUUGAUUACGAAUCACUUCCAAUUCAUUUGGGUAAGUUUCAGUUAUAUACUGAUGUUUGAUGAAGAGCAUAUAGCUCGAAACAUCACACAUUUGUCUUUUGGUGAACUCAUUAAAUUGAUUUGGAAGUAAGAAUGUGCCAACUUUGUUGUGUGGUUACAUUAUAUGAAUAGUUUCAUAUAAAUAUCGAUACAUGGAUCCAAAGUAUCGGUACAAUUUCAAGGGAAAGUAUUCCAAUAUAUCGAUAUUUGAUUGUAUCAGCACAGCCCUAUUAAAGAAUGCAGUUUCUAUACAAUAGAAGUUGAUAGUAACUCACGCACCCAAAUAAAAAUAACAAAACAUUAGACAGUUUUGCAAAAGUUAUUAAAAAGUCUAAUAAAUCAGUUACUCAAAUUACUUUUGUAAAUUAGAUUAUUUUAAUGAUUAUGUAAUUGAAAAGUAAUCACAUUACUAAUUACUUUACUUUUGAAGGAACAUUCCAGGUUCAAUACCAGUUAAGCUCAAUCGACAGCAUUCGUGGCGUAAUGUUGAUUACCACAAAAAAUUAUUUCGACUCGUUUCUCCUUUUCUUUAAAAAAACAAAAGGCAAAUAUCGACGUUACAAUGAGGCACUUACCAUGGAAGUGAAUGGGCCAAUUUUUGGAGGGUUUAAAGGCAGAAAUGUGAAGCUUAUGAUUUUCUAAAAGCACUUACAGAAAGUUGUGUUAACUUGUGUAUUAUUUGAGCUGUAUAGUUGUUUAAAUCGUCAUUUUAGGGCUUGUUGACAUUACAUCAUCUUGGCAACAAAGUUGCAAAAUUGGCUAUAACUUUACACAGAAAAGGUUAGUAAGCGACACUAAAAUAUUGUUCAACAAGAAUUUAAAAUGUAAUGUGUUUCACUAUUUUUUUUAACUUAAAAGUACAUUCACAGUAACAAUUUAUUUUGUAAUCUGAUUACACCCAACACUGCACAUCAAUAACAUCAAACCUCAUUGGUUGUUGACCAUCUCGACACAAGGUUUGAUAUUAUUGCAGUAUGGCCUUGAUUGAUUUGGGCAAUUUGAGAGUAACUCACAAUGUAAAUUUCAGUCUGUACAUCAUACAAAGUGAAUGUAUGGCUUCAAAAAAGACUUUCACUAUUUCACUAAGCAAGUCACUAUCAACUGCUAUCGUCCUGAAAUUGCCGAUCAUAAAAUACCUCCUUUUUCUAUUCCACGGAAAUAAUGGUUUCGGAACGACAUGGGUGAGUGAGUAUGACAGAAUUAAAUUUUUGCUGAACUGUUUCUUUACACAAUGGGAUAGAGUUUGCAAAUGUUACACAUUUGUGAGGGAAACAUUGUACCAUGGUACCAUGGUAAUUGUUACCCAUGUUACAUCACCUUCACUGAAGGAACCUGUCUAGUGGCUCUCUUUAGAUUCCCAAUCAGUUAACCUUUGCUUUAGGGUACUCUAAAUUGUAACAGCUACAUAGUGGUUUGCAAGACAAAGAAGAGAAAUCUAUGGCAACCUGUUGUCUUCAAUUGGUAAUACAUUUAGAUUCAUUCACACCAGAUCACUUGCAACCAGUAAAUAGAUGGGACAAGGUGAGGGAUAGAGUUUGUUUACCAAAUCCAACAUGGGGCCAAAGAUACACUAGACCUAAAGGGAGUGGGUAAUGUGGAUCAGUUUAAAGUCAGAUUUUAAGUUUGGGGGGUGGGGGGGGUCUACGUAAUGUGAAAAUGUAGCGACAUCUGCUGGACAAUUUGGAAAAAGACAGCUGAAUGAAUUUCUCCGAGAUAUAUUACUGUCUGAUUUAGUUAUGUGGCAGAUAUCUCCCUAAACUCUCUGUGAAAAUUAUGCCAAAAAUGUUGCACUUACUUGACCUUGGACUGAGCAUCAACUCAU